UUGAUCCACAUUCCUUAGCGCGUCUGGGAGAGAAGCAGCACAACGCGGAGCUCUGCCAGCAGCAGGAGACCACCUCUGUCCUGUCUGGGCGAACCGAGCCGCGGAGGAAGCAGGACGUGACCCGCCCAAGGGAAGAUGUCCUCCCCGCAGGUGUCCUCGUCCCGCCGCCAGUCGUGCUACCUGUGCGACCUGCCCCGCAUGCCGUGGGCCAUGAUCUGGGACUUCACGGAGCCCGUGUGUCGGGGAUGCGUCAACUACGAGGGCGCGGACCGGAUCGAGUUCGUCAUAGAGACGACCCGGCACCUGAAGCGGGCUCACGGCUUCCAGGACGGAAGAGCCGCCGCUGGAGCCCCGCCGCCCCAGCAGCAGCAGCCGCCCGUCGCGGCGAAGAGCCACGCAGUGCUGCUGCCCGGGAAGGACCCGGCGGGGCUCCUCCAGCACCAAGACGGGGCCGGGAAGCCCCAGCAGCCCGGUCUGGACCGGUACUCUCUCGGCGCAGACAGUCGCGCUCGCUUCGAAUACAGCGGGCACAGCAGCAGCAGGGUGCCGAAUGGACUCGGACCCAACGGGUUUAAACCCGAUGACGGACCCCCCGAACUGAACCGACAGAGCCCGAACUCAAGGAGCAGGAGUCACGGGGGGCUGGCGUCGACACCGGGGCAGAUGAACGUACCACCGAACCUGCUGCCCCAGACGCUGCUCAACGGACCGGCCCCGCACGGCUUGGCGGGCAGAACCGCCCCGCAGAAUCCCCUGUCCGAGCCGGGCGGGAAGCGGCCCGCUUCCGUGUCCAGCACCGACCAGGAGCGAGAACUGAAGGAGAAGCAGCGGAACGCAGAGGCUUUGGCCGAGCUGAACGAGAGCCUCCGGAACCGGCAGGAGGACUGGGCCAACAAGCCCAAGAUCGUGCGGGACACGCUGGUGUCGCUGUCGGGCUGCACCCCGUUCGACGUCCGCUUCAAGAAGGACCACGGGCUGGUCGGCAGGGUGUUCGCCUUCGACGCCGUGUCCAAACCCGGACUGGACUACGAGCUCAAGCUCUUCAUCGAGUACCCGAGCGGCUCCGGCAACGUGUUCUCCAGCGCGUCGGGAGUCGCCAAGCAGAUGUACCACGACUGCAUGAAGGACUUCGGCCGCGGUUUGUCCUCCGGCUUCAAGUACCUGGAAUACGAGAAGAAGCACGGCUCCGGGGACUGGCGGCUCCUCGGAGACCUGCUGCCGGAGUCCCUGCGCUUCUUCAAGGAGGCGAUGGGCGCAGACAUGCUGCCGCAGCCCCACACCGACGGGAGCUUCCCGCUGCUCCCCACCUCCCUGCUGCUGCCGGGCCGCGCGUCGGCUUCGGCCAGCGGCUCCGGCGGCUCCAGGGGCGGCGUGAGGAAGCGGAAGGCGUCACCGGAGCCGGACUCCGCGGACGGCGGCCUGAAGCUGACGGACGAGCAGCAGAGGCAGCAGUGGAUCAGCAGCCAGACCGAGGCCCUGAAGCUGUCCAUGGCGGCGGGCUCCUUCUCCGGACACCCCGGUCUCUCCUCCGGCCGCGCGUCGCCCGCGGACUCCGGGGCUCCUCCGCAGAACGGCCAGUCGCCCAUGGCCGCGCUCAUGUCCGUGGCGGACACGCUCGGGAACGCGCACUCUCCCGGCAAGGACAGAGACUCGGUUCACUCCACCACCUCCUCCAGACACACCAGCAGCAGCCCGGUGUCCCCCGCCUCCGUGUCGGGGCAGAGGCGCCUCUCGUCGCGCAACGGAGACCUGGGGCUGUCCGCGCCCUCCCAGUCCGCGGGGGGCAUGGACCCGGUGCACGCGCAGAACGUGCCCGACUCCCCCAUGGCCAAUAGCGGGCCACUGUGCUGCACCAUCUGCCACGAACGGUUAGAGGACACGCACUUCGUGCAGUGUCCGUCUGUCCCCAGCCACAAGUUCUGCUUCCCCUGCUCCAGGGAGAGCAUCAAGGCCCAGGGAGCCUCCGGGGAGGUUUACUGCCCCAGUGGGGAAAAGUGCCCCCUGGUCGGCUCCAACGUGCCCUGGGCCUUCAUGCAGGGGGAGAUAGCAACAAUCCUGGCAGGAGACGUGAAGGUAAAGAAGGAGAGAGACCCCUGAGGAGGGGGGGGGUCUAAGAUAUGACUGUGAUCCAUACUGAGCUGCUGAGCCUGAACGUGAUGCUCUUUGGGGGCUGAUGGUGUAAAUAAUGAUGCUGAAUGUGAAGAUGUGACAAGGUUGCAAUAUAACAGAAGGUUUCAGGUUCAGUUCUGCUGAUGUCUUCAGGUCCAACUCAGGUUUGAGCUGGAUAAUAACGCUGAGAUUAUGUACCAAAAGCAGUUUUAGGUCCAUAAAGCAAAGAAUAAACUCAAACAUUAGCACUGACUAACAGUGUGAUACAGGUGACAAACUCAUUAACUUUAAUCUCUACCCGAAGUCGCCUCAAGGCUCUUUACUGAGUCUAAGACCCUACAGAACAGAAUCAAAGCCAUCAGCUAAUUGUGAAAGUGACAGUUAAAGUAGUUUUAAUAGUAGAACUUUAAACUAAAUGUAUAACAUCAAUUGUGCUCAGCGUUAAUAACCAUCAGACCCAACAGCUGAACGUUAAUGGGCUAAACCAAAAGCCAGAGACCAGAGUCCACCUGUCGUCGCCUGGGACGGUCACAGCACUCAGUGGCUUGUCUCAGAGCCAGUUCAUUUUCCUUUUUAAAGAAUCUGCAAAUGAAACGAACAAACUGUUCUAGUUCAGUUCUGGUUCAGAGUGUGACAUUAUACUGAAUGCACACGUCUCCAAAGACAGGCGUUCAAACAUCCCAGCUUUUGAAGGCUUUUGAAGACAAACCUUCAGCUCCGACUCACUUGUUCCUUCAUAAAUCAGACAUCCCAGCAUCUGGACCUCAGUUUGUCCUCAGAGGUGUCACAGAUGCUUUGUUUGUGUAGCGAUGGCUUGGUCCUCACUGGUUCAGGUCCUCCCCAGUGGAAUGAGGCUAGGGCUGAGCAGCUGCAGUAAGGGACAGAAACCUAUAAAUAUUCUCCCCAUGGAUGUUUCAUCGAAGCGCUGGCGUCUGUGACGGAGCUGGACACUGAUGUUGGGUGUGAGCGGCUCAGCGGCAGCAGUAACACCACUUCAUCCUCACUGUCGCUUAUUGAAUCACCUUUUGGUUUUUAUACAACUAUUUAUUUCGUAUUCAGAUGUUUUUUAAUUUUUUAAUUUAGCGUUUUUAACGUAUUGAUCUUUUUUUUUUUUUAAACAUUUUUACUGUAAUGAAUCACGUUUGCCUCUUUCUGUCUUUUUGUUUCUGCAGCGACAGAAUAUAAAACUGAUGAAACACACAUGUGGUCUUGUAACGUGCCUUGGAGCUGAGUCACUUGUAAUAAAUCUCAUUAGUAUGAAA